AUGGCCGAAGACGACGUGCAACGACCUACCAAGAGGUCUAAAAUAGAGCAUGGAUCGUCUCCCACCGCAAUGACCAAUGAUGAUGUUAUGCAAAACGACGACACUGCCAUGACGGGAGAGCCUGAAGCAUCAAGCUCAAGCGCUGUUGCUGUCGAACACGCCCCAGCCGGGCAACCGGGGAAAAAAAAGAGACGGGACGCGUCUGGGUGGGCCAAAUCUAGGCGAGGGAAGGAGUCAGACAAGAAGAACGUCGGGCGCAAGCGGCGCGGGACGCGCAACGAUGAGACCAGCGCGGAAGGUGCUGAAGGUGCGGGUGAAGGCAGAUCCGCGGCCCCGAAGGGCCCUCGAUACCCCAAACGACAAUGCGCGCUCCUGCUCAGCUUCUGUGGCACCGGUUGUAGUGGGAUGCAGAUUCAACCGAAUGCGCGGACGAUUGAGGGUGUUCUGUUCGAUGCGCUCGUAAAAGCCGGCGCUGUUUCUGAAGACAACGCUGACGACCCCGUCAAGGUCAAUCUCGCGAGAGCAGCGAGAACGGAUGCCGGUGUCCACGCAGCAGGGAACGUCGUCAGCUUGAAGAUGAUCACCUCUAGACCUGACGUUCCUGACAUCCUUGCCCGCGUCAACGAGGAAUUACCUCCAGAAAUUCGGCUCUGGGGAUAUGUACGAGUGCAAAAUUCGUUUAACCCAAGGACGCUGUGCGACAGUCGGAAAUACACUUAUUUCUUCCCGUCGUACCUACUCAUCCCUCCCCGACCCGGGAGCAACCUCAUGCGCUCUCUCCAAAGAUACGCGGAAGAUGCGAAUCCGGAUACUGUUACCACCACCGCCUCUUCCAUGACUUCUACGCACCCAUUCUGGGAAGGAGUAGACCUCGCUACGGAGUCGCUGCAGGAUACGCUGACGCGCAAACGUCUCUGGCGCGUCCCGAGUGAACAGGUACACGAGUUGCGUAGCAUCGUGACCAAGUACCUCGGGACGCAUAAUUUCCAUAACUUUACGGUUGGUAAGGAGGUCAAUGAAAGAAGUAAUUUUCGGCAUAUGAAAGCCAUCGAAAUUGCUGAGCCGGCAGUAUACGGGGAGACGGAAUGGAUUAGCGUCCUGUUCCACGGUCAGAGUUUUAUGUUGCAUCAGAUGCUCAACAAUCACCAGCGUAAGAUGAUGGCAGCUCUCGUCCUCUCCUGCCGCACAGGUGCCCCCGCCAGCAUCAUCGACGAGCUGUACGGGAAUCAAAGCGUCCUGAUACCCAAAAUGCCGUCGCUCGGCCUCCUCCUCGAAUACCCCAUCUUCGAAACAUAUAACAGCAAAGUUAGUAAUGAGAUCAACAAGAACCUCGACCCGUCGCACGAGGGCUACCGCCCGCCCAUAGACUUCGAGUUGUACAAAGAGCAGAUAGCACGCUUCAAGCAGACGCACAUCUACGAUAAUAUGCGCAAGAUCGAGGAUCAGUUCGGGAUAUUUGACGCGUGGAUAAGAUCGGUGGAUAAAUAUGGCGGUGAUGAUUUGCUCUAUCUGAACCACCAGGGUAUCAUACCUCCAGAGUCGGUGGUGGCCAAGGGGAGGCGAAGAGAGAAUCCGUUUAAGGAGCAAAAACGCUUCGAUGCCACAGCAUUCCCUUCAGAUAGUAAGGAUGGCUCCGCUGAGGCGUUUAUUAAAGAGGGGGAGGAGAGUGGAGUGGAAGAAGAUGGUGUCGAUGAGGUUGGGCAGCAGCUCUCAGACGCAGAAUGUUAA